UGAGAGUCCAGCUCGAUGUCGAUGGCAGUGUUGUUGGCGAUAACCUUCGCCGUCCUUGGGAUCGUGGUGUCUGGUAUGUCCGUGGUGUUCUUUCCAAAUGGACGUGAUUCGUUGACCGCGCCCACCCGUGUGUCCAACACCGAAGGCAUCGCAGUGCAAGUGGGGCCAAACCAGGCCAAGACCGUCCAGGCGUUGGUAGCGUACCUCUCGACAGUUGCUGCGUUGAGUUACCACGGAGAUCGCGUCUUCACGCUGACCGGCGACACUGUCAUGUCGUUCGACCAGCUGGUUGAGCACAAGCAUUUGUAUGUGACGGUUCCCGGCGAGGCGUUCGUAGCACCUCUGGACGACCUGGUUGAGGAUGAGGAGAUAGUAAGUUUUAAGUCGCCAAUUGUGCUGACAUUUUGGAACAAAUUCGAAGUGCCCGUGGACGUUUACUGGUUCGACAAGCAUAUUUACAAACUCGAUGCAAACGAAACCCAAGCGUUUCACGCAUUGCACGGCGAUCUCUUUGAACGAUUGGCCCCCGUGAUUGAUCGAGGCUGA